CGCCGGCGGGCCGACCCGGCGCUGCUUCCCUUGAAUUGUCACCACAAGCGCGGUGGGGGUGGCUGUGUCCCCACCGUACGGGUGAAGAGGCAGGCGGAGGCCGGAGUUGUGUUGCUUCGAGCGGGAGCCCCUGCACCCGGCCCAAAUCUUGCCCUUUGCAGGGCGGAGGGUGCUCCAGGCCCGCGCACGGAGGCCGGGAGGGUGGAGUGCCGGCAGGGCCGCCGCCUCGGUGCCCCACCCAGUGCCCAGCCCGCCUGCUGCCGGUUGCGAGGGAGCAGGGUGGAGUCUGUGAGGGCCCCGGUUUUUACCCCAGAGCAGUGCGAAGAUGAGCUCGUGGCUGAGCUUGCCUUUCACGUAGACAAGAGCAGGUGCAUCCGCGAACCUGUGGGAAGGGUGUUCAGGGAUGCAGCCGUGAGCUAAACAAAACCCCCGGCGUCGGUGAUGCUUACGCUUCGGAGGAGGGAGACACGAGCAUGAGUCAGGUGUCUGUACAUUCGGUGUAAUGGAGACAAGAGCAGAGGAAAGCGGAAGCAGGGCUGUGUUUCUGGGAUCCGUUGGAAUUUCAAACACCGUGGGUAUUACGCGUCUGUCUAGGGACUUCGGUGGAAACAGGCUUGCUUCAUCACUGCUCUGUUCACUUGGAAACACAGUGCCCAGUUAUGUUGCCAGCGAGGAGAGCCGAAUCCUUGUUCUCACUGAGCUGCUGGAGAGAAAAUCCCACUCUCCGUUUUACCAGGAAGGUGUGAGCAAUGCCCUGCUGAAGAUGGCCGAGCUGGGGCUGACCCGGGCGGCCGACGUUCUCCUGCGCCACGGGGCCAAUCUCAACUUUGAAGACCCUGUCACUUACUACACGGCCCUGCACAUCGCCGUCCUGCGAAACCAGCCAGACAUGGUGGAGCUGCUGGUGCGCCACGGGGCAGACAUUAACCGGAGGGACCGGAUCCACGAGAGCAGCCCCUUGGACCUGGCCAGUGAGGAGCCUGAGCGCCUGCCCUGCCUGCAGCGCCUUCUGGACCUCGGAGCGGACGUCAACGCAGCUGACAAGCAUGGAAAGACUGCUCUGCUCCACGCCUUGGCCAGUAGCGACGGGGUGCAGAUUUAUAACACUGAGAACAUCCGGCUCCUACUGGAAGGAGGCGCAGAUGUCAAGGCCACCACCAAAGAUGGGGACACCGUGUUCACCUGCAUCAUCUUCCUGCUUGGUGAGACCGUGGGAGGGGACAAAGAGGAGGCCCAGAUGAUCAGCCGCUUCUGCUUCCAAGUCACGCAGUUGCUGCUCGCCCACGGGGCCGACCCCAGCGAGUGCCCAGCCCACGAGUCCCUCACACACAUCUGCCUCAAGAGCUUCAAACUGCAUUUCCCUCUCCUGCGCUUCUUGCUGGAGUCCGGAGCAGCCUAUAACUGUUCCCUCCAUGGUGCGUCCUGCUGGUCUGGCUUCCACAUCAUCUUCGAGAGGCUCUGUUCCCACACAGGCUGUGCUGAAGAUGAGAGCCACGUGGACCUCCUGCGCAAAGCCGAGACCGUCCUGGAUCUCAUGGUGACUAAUUCCCAGAAACUGCAGCUGCCUGAAAACUUCGAUAUCCAUCCUGUGGGCAGCCUGGCAGAAAAGAUCCAGGCCCUUCACUGCUCCUUGAGGCAGCUGGAGAGCUAUCCUCCGUCCCUCAAGCACCUGUGUCGCGUUUACAUCCGGCUCCAUCUUCAGCCCUGGCCUGUGGACGUGAAGGUCAAAGCCCUGCCUCUGCCCGACCGGCUGAAGUGGUACCUCCUUAGUGAGCACAGCGGUACUGUUGAAGAGGACAUCUGACCACUCCCAAACUGAAGGGAGCAGGGUCUGGGCAGCUCAAGUCUCCUGGUGGAUUUUGGUACCUGCGGCAGCCUUAGGGGAGAACCUCCUGGCCUCCUGUCAGAAGGUAGAGGUUGGGAGACGAGACUUGAUCCUCACGGUGUACCAAAAAAACCAGGUGGAGCCCAGCAGCUGCAGUCAUUCCAGUGGGAAAAGGCUUCGUCUUCCAGGGGGACUGCCCCCCUUCUGUUUGGCAGAACUCCCAGUCUCAACCACAUUGGGAAAAAGGACCGGGUUUAGAUUUGGGACGAGUGUACACCCUGUUCAUCUGCGGGGAGCAUCGGGCAGGGUGGCUCUGAGUCUCGGUCCUGAGAACUGCAGGAGGCUGGUCUGUCUUGCAUGGGGCCCAGCUGAAGCCAGGAGGAAGCGCGGUGGGCCUGUGGGGGCAAGACCCCACUGAGGCCCUUCCCUCCCACCUCUCCCCGUGCUAGAUUAUUAGGUCACUUACAAAAGUGCUUUCGGUGGGCCAGGGAGAAAGCUGAGCUGACCCCUGCCACCUUUGGCUGCUCUGGGGCCAGGUCAUCCAUGGCCCGGCCCACCAAGGCACGGGACUGGAUUCCGGUGGCAGCUCUGUGCCAAACCUGGGAUCUUGGGGGACCGUGCCUUCUGCUAAAAAGCAAUCCUGCAUGACCAGGGACAGUCCUUUCCAAAAUGUGUUUUGUGAGGGGUUCAUCUGAUAUUGAAAGCUACCAAUACUGCAAGCUGACUGUACUGUCCAUGCUGAACCUUCACGGAGCUGAAGCUGCUUCCCAGUCAUGUGGGUCCUUGUGAAUUGUGUGAAUGCCGGGAGGCAAGCUGAGGCAACUAAAGGAUACAUUAUAAAGUAAAAUGUUUCUCUUGGCCUUCAA